AUGGGCUUCGCAACGCCGUGUGCCGCGGGCCUCACGGGCAUGCGAAACCUGCCGCGCUCGGAAGACCAAGGUAGGCCGAACUUCACCUUGAAAUUGCCGGGUGCGAUCAAGCCCAACCGUGCUCUUAUUGCGCAUGUAUCAAUCCCACCUCUUGAAAUACCGAGGCAGCAGUUAACCCAGAGACAGAUCACUCGUUUGACUGCGUGUUCCGCGCUUCUGAUGGGCGCGGAAUCCCCGUCGAUUCAAACAAAAGGAAACGAGAUGCUGGAGAAUCCGAGCAAAGGUUGGGGCUUUUAUCACAUGGGUUUCCGCGCGUCGUCUCUAAUCAGAUGGAAAGCCAAAGCAGCACUAGGCCAUCUCCUUGGCCGGGCCCAGACCCCGAGUUCGUUAAGUGGCCGUCCCAAUGUUGUCAAUAUCACACCCAAAACAACGAUCGUGUCGGCUAAGCCAUCCGACGCUUCACAAAUCCGAAAUUCCGAAUUAGGGGAUGCUGCCUCAAGAGAUGGUUUAAGCGGUGUCAACCUGCAUACCAAUGGUACCGAGUUCUAUGAUUACGUCGGACAUCCUUCGCCCCAAUCUCAUGAUGGGGCAGAGUUUACAGCACAGAGAAGUCCGCCAGAUGCAGAUAGCCUCAAAAGCAGGACUCCUACAAUGAACAAUGACCAUGACAUCAACUUAGAAGCAUUAUUCCCCUGUCUUACAGAGACUGCGCAGAUGGAGAUCGAGAAAACCUUCAUUGGCAGCUACUUUGCGAACAAACAUUACAUCCACCCACUACUUUCUAAAAGUAGUUUUAUGCGACGCUGUGGAAAUGAAGCAUGGCCAAUUCCAAAUCGCCAGGGACUAUUCCGAGGAGUCACGAAGUUUGCAGGGUUAUACUUUGCGGUCGUUGCUUUGGGUGCGAUCAAUGCGAGCCCGAACGAGACCUCCUUACUCGAACAUUUCUGUCAGCAAUUUGUCGAUCCGAAUCAGACACAACGAGCUUUGAGGGGGCAUAGGUUCACUGCCCUUGACUUUGCUAAAUUCUUCUUCGGCCUCGCAAAACGGACUCUAGGUGAUCUUUUUGAGAGUUCCUGUUUAGAGUCUGCUCAGACUCUUCUUCUUUUGAGUGUGUUCCGUCAAAAUUCGUUACAGCCCCAUAGCUGUUACAUGUACAGCGGGAUGGCUGUCCGUACAGCAGCGGCUAUUGGUCUCAGCUCGAGCAUGUCUUCUCUGCCUCCUAGUGCGAGGCGAGAAGCUAGACGCACCUGGUGGUGUAUCUACUCCCAUGAAAUAGAAAUGUGUUGUUCCUCAGGACGUCUGGACAGCAUGAAAGAGUUGCAUUAUUACCAGACCUCCCUCCCCAAGAUAAAAGUUGAUGCCGAUGAUCUCGAUCCCGAUGCCGAAGACCACGACAUAGCGAUGAUCCCGGCAAUGGUCGCCUUAGCCCAAAUUAUGUCCGAAGCAUCUCAUCAAUUGUACCACUCUAUGCGGCGGUCAAUAGCUGAUAAAUCCUGUCUGGCAAUGGCACUUGAUCAGCGACUUCUUGAGUGGAAAGCAACAUUGCCCGCUUUCUUGAAUCUAGAUGCACAUGCACUGAAUGACCCCGAAUGGGCAUUCAAGCAGAAAUUGGUCUUGAGACUAAGAUACUACAAUACUCGAAUCCUCAUCCACAAGCCAUUCCUUGUGGCAGCAACUGCAAAUACAGACACUUCAUCAACGGACCUUUCCGUCCAUCUACAUACUUGCCUCACUGCCGCCCGGAUGAGUAUUAAUAUGCAAUACGAGUCAUUCCUGCAUAGAAUCUACAUUCGCACCUGGUGGUACAACACAACAUAUGCACUCUACGGUUCAAUGAUCCUCCUUCAUCUCAUUCUAUCAAACUACCCAGGCCUACCAGACGACGAGCUCCUCGAAGACGUUGAAAAGUCUCUCCAGAUCUUCUCCUCUAUGGGCGACAUCAUCGUUGCCCGUCGCUGUGCCGAGAUGCUCCGCGAAGUCCUCGAAGUUGCACGCACAUGUCUGGCUAGAAGAAGACGGUCUGCCCAUAGACCUAACCACAGCCAAGACCGAAGUCAAAGCCAAAGCCAGCUCCCUAGACUCGGAAUGCCAUAUACAUCAUCAACAGGAAUCUUAAAUUCGUCUGAGGCUUCAUCAGAUGCAACCACAUUAACACGAAUGCAUUCCACUCCAAAUUCGACACCAACAGGAGGCGAGAUCGUCUUACCAGAGGCAAAAUUACCCUCACCCAUGCAUGGAUUAUCCCUCGACACACCAUUGUCUAUUCUAGAACAACAUACUGAUUCAGACGACGGAGAUUUCCUUUUUUCGCUCUUCAGCAACGGCACGCAGACACAGCCUGAUCGAACGCGGGCGGAGAUGCUGGCCAAUUUGGUGGAUCCGAGUGUUUUGGAGGAUUUUGCAUUUGGAGGAGGGAAUGAGUUCUCAUUCUUUUAG